CCAAAUAUAUAAAAUGCUCAAUAAAAGACGUGCUUUUCAGUAUCAGUGCAUCACUAUUACUAAAGAAUCUGAAACAAAAUUGCCUAAUGAUGCAGAAACAAAUGUUGAUUUUGAUGGUAGCCAUGCUGGCUAUUCAGCUGGGAGCUGCACAAUUUCGAUCGAGAAUGAAAUAUGUUAACCAACCCAACUUAGAAUUUGGUUCAUCGAUACUUGAGCAACAAGUCGAGGAACAAAAUGACCAAAUGAACGACCAAAAAAAUUACCAAACCAAUGACCAAAAUGACCAAAUGAACGACCAAAAAAAUGAACAAACCAAUGACCAAAUGAACGACCAAACCAAUGACCAAAAUUACCAAAUGAAUGACGAAAAAAAAGAACAAACCAAUGACCAAAUGAACGACCAAAAAAAUGACCAAAUGAAUGACGAAAAAAAUGAACAAACCAAUGACCAAAUGAACGACCAAAAAAAUCACCACACCAAUGACCAAAAUGACCAAAUGAAUGACGAAAAAAAUGAACAAACCUAUGACCAAAUGAACGACCAAAAAAAUGACCAAAUGAAUGACGAAAAAAAUGAACAAACCAAUGACCAAAUGAACGACCAAAAAAAUCACCAAACCAAUGACCAAAUGAACGACGAAAGAAAUGAACAAACCAAUGAUCAAAUGAACGACGAAAAAAAUGAACAAACCAAUGACCAAAUGAACGACGAAAAAAAUUACCAAACCAAUGACGAAAUGAACGACCAAAAAAAUCACCAAACCAAUGACCAAAUGAACGACGAAAAAAAUGAACAAACCAAUGACCAAAUGAACGACCAAAAAAAUGACCAAAUGAACGACGAAAAAAAUGAACAAACCAAUGACCAAAUGAACGACGAAAAAAAUUACCAAACCAAUGACCAAAUGAACGACCAAAAAAAUGACCAAAUGAAUGACGAAAAAAAUGAACAAACCAAUGACCAAAUGAACGACGAAAAAAAUUACCAAACCAAUGACGAAAUGAACGACCAAAAAAAUCACCAAACCAAUGACCAAAUGAACGACGAAAAAAAUGAACAAACCAAUGACCAAAUGAACGACCAAAAAAAUUACCAAAUGAAUGACGAAAAAAAUGAACAAACCAAUGACCAAAUGAACGACGAAAAAAAUUACCAAACCAAUGACCAAAUGAACGACCAAAAAAAUGACCAAAUGAACGACGAAAAAAAUUACGAAACCAAUGACGAAAUGUACGACCAAAAAAAUCACCAAACCAAUGACCAAAUGAACGACGAAAAAAAUGAACAAAAAAAUGACCAAACGAACUACGAAAAAAAUGAUGAAACCAAUGACCAAACAAACGACCAAAAUGACCAAACGAACGACGAAAAAAAUGAUCAAACCAAUGACCAAACGAACGAUCAACAACAUGACCAACAAAAGGAUGAAGAAAAAGGCCAACAACAUGACCCACACAGGAUUGAGCCCCAGCAAAGAGACGAAUCACCACCAGUAGUACUAAAACUUUGGGAGCCAUUUGACAUUUAAGUCAAAUUUAAUCUUUAAUGUAUAUGUUAAAUAAAUGAAAGAAAAAUAAACAUAUUACUAAAUUAAAAAUAAAAUAUUCUGUGAACUGAAA